ACACAGAGAAAGAUAUCUUUAAUAAUUCAAAACAUGGCUACCAUGUGAAAAAUAAAUUAGUCGCAUUACAGUUUGUAAACAAAUUUCUAUUUAGUUUUUACGGUAGUUUUGUUUCGUGCUAGCAAUCGAAACUUAUCAGCAGUAAAAAGAAUAUAUUUCUUCAAUGAAAUUUAUAAAAAGUUCAUGUGGCUUUCAGAAGUGAGUCAUUCGUGUUUUUUAACAGCUCCAACUACAAAUUAAUGUCCGUUCAAUGUGAUCUAACGGAUUUCUGGAAAAUAAAACUAUAUCUAUACGUUAAUAUUCUAUGUGGUUGUGAGAUAUAGCUUCCAAAUGAACACUAAAUAAUGGUAACCUUACUUUAUGAUCUAAGGAAAGUUCUGAGAAAUAAUAAUAAACUAUUUUAAUAGCCAUGCUAUGGAGUAGUUUAUUUAAGAACGAAAAUGAUAACUUGCUAUACAAUUAUAAGUCUCCAUAUAUAUACGUCUACAAUUAAACAUAUCGACAAGUAAACACUUCUAUAUUCAAGAAUUAUUGUAAAAAUUUAUGCUAAAGUGUAUUAAUAACGUGUGUGUAAAUAAUAAAGAAAAUUACUCUUUGUUAAUGCCAUGAAUAAAAUGAAAAUCUGCACUUAAGAAUAUAUUUUUCAGCAAAUUUGUUUUUGAAAAAGAUUAUACUAUGUUGAAAUAUUGAAUAAGUCACUUAUGUGAUAAAGAUUGUAUGUAUAAUAUUGUUUGAAAAUUGACCUCAAUGGAUUCUAUUGAAUUUGAUGCAAUUAUCAGACAUCCGAGAACCAUAAUUCAUAUAGAUGUUGAUUGUUUCUACGCUCAAAUAGAGAUGCUUAGGCAUCCAGAGCUAGAAGGCAAACCAUUGGGGGUGCAACAAAAGAGUAUAGUAGUGACAAGCAAUUAUUUAGCACGAGAACAUGGAAUUAAAAAAUGCAUGUCAGUACAGGAAGCUUUACAAUUGUGCCCAGAACUGGUCUUGGUAAAUGGUGAAGAUUUAACGAACUAUCGUCACUAUUCUGCUAAAGUACUGGAAAUAUUGCAUCAGUUUACUCCAUUAGUUGAAAGAUUAAGUCUUGAUGACAAUUUUAUGGACGUAACUUCUAUUGUACAAAAAUAUAUGAAUUCUGGAAAUAAUUCAGAGUUUAAUUUAAGUAUUAACAUGGAAGAUGAAAAUCCAGUUGGUAAAGUAUUUGGUCCCUCCGAAGAAGAAUGUCCUUGUGGCUGUCAUGCUCGAUUAAUUAUAGCUUCCAAAAUUGCAGCAGAAAUAAGAGAACGAAUUUAUAAAGACUUGCAUAUUACAUGCAGUGCUGGAAUAGCACAUAAUAAGCUUUUAGCAAAACUGGUGGGAUCAUUACAUAAACCAAAUCAUCAAACACUAGUAUUCCCAUGCAGUGCACCUAUGUUCUUAUCUACUAUAGGAUCUGUAUCUAAAAUACCAGGCGUUGGGCAAAAAACUGCACAAUUGUUAAUUUCCAACAACAUAAAAACAGUGGAUGAUCUAAGAAAGACACCUUUGGAAACCUUAGAGAUGAAAAUUGGUAUUGACUUAGCACGAAAAUUAAAAGAUAACGCCGAAGGUAUCGACGAGACCGUCGUGAAACCAACAGGAAAAAGACAGAGUAUAGGUUUAGAAGAUGGCUUCAAGAGUGUUUCUCUGGUAGCUGAAGUAGAAUCAAGACUAGGAGCACUUCUGAGAAGAUUAACAGAAUUAGCUAUGGAGGAUGGUAGAAUUCCCAUUGCUAUGAGAUUAACUGUUAGGAAACAUGAUUUUAAUAAACCAACUUCUGGUAAAAGAGAAACUCGACAAUGCGCUUUACCGAAACAUCUAUUGCCUUCUACAAAAUCUGGUGUUUAUGAUCAUGCUAAAAUGUUGGCACUAGCAAUGAAAUUAUUUCACCGUACUAUCGAUGUUUCUAAACCAUUCCAUUUAACUCUUUUAGGAGUUGCUUUCACGAAAUUCGAAGAGAGAUCUUCUGGAAAGAAUAGUAUUACAUCUUUCUUGCGAAAACAGGUGGCUGUUCAGUCUGUUCUAGAUAUAAGCUCGGAAGAAGGCGUUUGCGAUAUUAAUCUUGGAUCACCAAUGAGCGUAAAUCAAGAUAGUAACGACGGUUCUGCGAUGAGUACCACCUCCUCUCCAGUUUCGAAAUCAAUAGGUGCUAACAACCAGAGUGCGGACGAUGAUGUGUUGAACGAAAUAGAACCUUUACCAAAAAAGACUAGAUUGGAAGUAUGGUUGAGUGGACGUAGAGAAUCUCCGAGCAACGAAAUGGCUGAUCUUCGACUUAGUCCUUCAUCACCAAUGCAAUUAUCUCCGAAAAUUGAUGCAGCAGUUCUUAAAUCUUUACCCAUUGAUAUACAAAGAGAAGUGACCCGUUCCUGGCCGACGACUAGUAAACCAAAACCCAAUAAUAUACUUAAAUACUUCAUAGCCAAUAAGUGACGGAGUUCUAUGGCCUAGAAUAUAAUAUAGCCAUCAUUAUGUACACACUUACACACCUACAAUAUUGGAUGGCAGCACCAUGUGAUACUAUGAAUUUAAGUUACUAAAUAUUUUAAAUCAAUUUACGAUUUUGGGUAUUAACUUUCUGUAUACACAUAUUUUCUAGAACAUUUACAUUAAAUGAAUGUUGAUAUAAAGUAACUUUAUCGUAUAAUUUUGAUCAUUUCAUUAAACAUCACUAAAAAAAGGCCAAUGUGAAUUUGCAUGGUUGUAUAAAACAUAUUUUUAUUCAUUUCUUUUUGACGAAAUCAAGCACAAUUGAUGCUUAAAUUACCUAGAAUAGUCGAACUUUUUUGAGUUGCUUUGCAUUUAAGGUGUAUUCACAAAAGUAAAAGAAAGUGAAAAUGUAAAUUGACUAUCAAUGAAAAGUAUUUCUAUUUAAGUAAAAUUCUUUAUUAUAAAUCAAAGAUAAAGUAUUGUAAAAUAAGUUUUAUUUUCAUCUUUCAAACAUUCAAUAUGUAUGUUUUAUAUACUAUCGCGUAUUUCUUAAUGUUUAAUAUUGUUCGGAUGAAUAAAAAUUAAGAUUAAGUAAGUUAAAUACUUUUGUAUUAGAAUUAUGUUCUAUAUAAUUCGCCUCUUUCUUUUCUCUUGCUAUCUUCACGAUUAUUUCACUGUGAGUAUUUCAACGGCAGGAAAGUAUUUUUAUUUACACUGAACUAGCGUGCGUGAUUGAUACACUUCCAAACGUAAUCCGUCUCGUUAAACGAGGUGCUGGCAUUUGAUCUUGUACGUACUAUCUAGCUAUUAAAUUAUAAUUGUAUGAUUUAAAGUUUAAAAAUGAAACGAAAUAAUGUUUAUAUUUUUAUUACUGUCGAUGUUAUUCUAUGUGUAACGGGUGUUACAAAAGACAUGCCGUACAGAAAUACUCAAUCGCCCCUAGCGUGCUACUGGUAAGGAGCACCGUUCGAAUAAGAUAAGCGUAAUUUAUAAUAUAUAGUUGUAUUAAAAAUAUUAGACAAUCAUAAAGUUUUAUCGAUUCGGUAUGGUACAAGGUGAAUAAUUAUAAUAUACGUUUAAGCGAACACGGAUAAGACAAAACGAAAAAAAGUAAGCCAACGAUUCACGCAGUUUCACAUUAUAUUAUAUUAUACAGACGUUUACUUUCACACGAUUUAUCGAAAAGCAUAUGUGCAUUAAAGCGUGAUCGACGGCAAGUGAUACUGAAACAGUAGCUUUUGUAAACGAUCAUACUUACAUAAGGGAAUGGACAAUUUAUAUAUAUAUAGCUCGAAUAAUAACAAUAAAAAAAUAUAUAUAUUAUAUUAUAUAUAUAUAAUAUAUAUAUAAAUUAUAUAUAAUUAUAUAUAUUAUAUAUAUAUAAUAUAUAUAUAUAUAUAUACGCGAUGAAAAAAGUUACUUAUGGCCAAGCUUUUUUUCUAUGUUUAUUUAUUUUCUUGUAUGCACGGGAGAAGCGGUACAGUUCUGAUUAUUAACUUCUGGUUGUGAGAUAUAUAAGUAUUUUAUACGUAUAUACCACGGGGAAUAUGAGCGGUUGCGACAUCCAUAUCCGUUCGUCAAUGUCGAAGUUCCGAUUAAUUAGAAUAACACGCAAUAGCUCGCACUUCUCAGAUAAUUGCGUUGAUAGUAUUCAAGAAUUAAAGGCAGGCAAUGCAGAAUGAAGUUAAGUUUGAUUUUUGUACAAGCAACGUUACAUCGACGGUUCAUAUUACCUCUGAUUCAUUUAAAUAAAGGAAGUUCAAGUUGUA